CUUGGGUAUAAAAAAGAUCGAGCUUAUGCGACACCAAUGCUUACAGAAAAGCAUAUCCAGCAGCGUAUUAAUUGGGUGAAAAAAUACCUUAAUCAUAAUUGGGACCAGACUGUAUUUAGUGAUGAAACAGCUUUUUCACUGUUCAGGGAUACUGUAGAGUAUUGGUAUAAAGAUAAACAACCUAUACGCAAAAUUCCAAAAGAAAAAAAAAAAUUUUUAGCGUGGGGUGCAUUUUGGUCUAAGAGUCAAACUAGUCUUUACUGCUUUAGAAGAAUCAUGGAUGCUCCGUUUUAUGUUAAUAUUUUGGAAAACCACUUCCCCGAGAUUAGAAGUGCACUUGGAAGUCGUUGGGAGUUCCAACAGGACAACGACCCAAGCACACAAGUCGACUUGCUAAGAAAUAAUGUUGAGAAAUGGUGGCCAAAAAAUCUGGAUGAAUUGGAAAGGUUUAUGACCGAAGAAUGGAAAAAAAUCCUAUAUGAUGUCUUAAGAAAUUUGGCGAGAUCCAUGAGAUAUCGUUGUCAGUAUGUACUUGAUAAUAAUGGGGAUCAU